UUUCAUUUUAAAUACAAUAUUUUGAACGAUUCUUUUUUUUUUAAUUAUUGAACGAUUCUUUUUUGAUGGCUCUGAGAACAGCAAAGCUCUUGCUUUUCAGUCCUUUACACAUUAAGCAUUUGUCAUCAAUCACUAACAUUAUUCGGUUUGGAGAUAAGGGAAGAACCGUGUGGCAAAGGAAGAGCUCGAUGGCUCCGACGGCGAAGGUAGACAACGAUGAUGAGCUCCGUCGAGUCAAAGAUGUUAACAAGGACGAAGCUCCGGCGCGCCGUCACGUUCGCGAUUCCUUUAAAGAUAUUCAGCUUAAUCUCGAUCAUAUCCUCUUCAAGACACCAGGCGAUGGGAUUAAGACAAAGGAGUCUUAUGAGGUGAAUUCAAGAGGAGUUGAGAUCUUCUCGAAAAGCUGGCUUCCUGAAGCUUCUUCUAGGCCCAGAGCUCUUGUUUGUUUCUGCCAUGGUUAUGGAGAUACCUGCACUUUUUUCUUCGAAGGGAUUGCAAGGAGAUUGGCAUUGUCUGGAUACGGAGUUUUCGCUAUGGAUUAUCCAGGAUUCGGGUUAUCAGAAGGCUUGCACGGCUACAUCCCUAGCUUUGAUCUUCUUGUUGAAGAUGUCAUUGAACACUACUCCAACAUCAAAGAGAAUCCUGAGUUUAGUUCUCUGCCGAGCUUUCUCUUUGGGCAGUCAAUGGGUGGAGCCGUGUCGCUCAAAAUACAUUUCAAGCAACCAAAUGCUUGGACCGGUGCAGUCUUGGUAGCACCCAUGUGCAAAAUUGCAGAUGAUAUGGUUCCGCCACCAGUAUUGAAACAGAUUUUGAUCGGUCUAGCUAAUGUUCUACCGAAACAUAAGCUGGUUCCCCAAAAGGAUUUAGCAGAAGCAAGUUUUAGAGAUGUCAGGAAGAGAAAAUUGACACCAUACAACGUCGUUUGUUACAGCGGCAAGCCGCGUCUACGGACCGCUGUAGAGAUGCUCAGAACAACUCAGGAGAUCGAGCAACAGUUGCACAAGGUGUGUUUGCCAAUACUGAUACUACACGGAGAGGCUGAUAGAGUGACGGACCUAUCAGUGAGCAGAGAGCUUUAUGAGAAAGCGAAAAGUUCAGACAAGAAGAUAGUUGUGUAUAAAGAUGCUUACCAUUCUCUGCUGGAAGGGGAACCUGACGAAAUGAUCCUCCGUGUCUUGUCUGAUGUUAUCUCCUGGCUUGACGACCAUAGCCUUGCAAGUUGAGGAGGGAUCAUUGGUUACUUCUGUGUAGAUGCUGAUCAUUUGUUUCCUUCCAUUUUGUAGGUGAAAAGUAUUUUUCGACAAAUAAAUUCUUUUUUUUCUUUGACAUUUUGCAAAUUUGAUGUGAUCUAUCUUCGGAUGGAAAAAAAUAAUGUAACAUAUGAUCAAGCUUUGUAAUCUA